AUGUUCCCCUUUAUCACUCUCGAGGAACACUACGUCUCAGUAAAAGCACGGGAAACCGAUACUGUCGAUGACUACGCCAGCUUCCCUCAGCAUAUAGUUACCAAGUUAAAAUCACUCGGCGAUGAGAGAAUACAAGAUCUAAACAAGGGAAACGUAUCCCUCCAAGUUAUUUCGCAUAGUCCUGGUACUAGGUCUCCAACCGUCUGUUCGGCAGCCAACGAUGAACUUGCCGCUGCCAUUUCCAAGAAUCCAACUCGCAUGGCCGGCUUUGCAACGCUCCCAAUGAAAGAGCCAGAAGAAGCAGCGAAGGAGCUCGAGCGUUGUGUCCGGGACCUGGCCUUUGUUGGUGCAUUGGUGGAUAACCAUGCGGAUGGGCAGUUCUACGACGACGAACGUUUCUGGACGGUUUUUGAGAAGGCGAACAAGUUAGAUGCUCCGAUUUCUAUCCACCCAACAUACGCGGCUGACAGUAUGAUGGAACAUUAUAAGGGUAAUUACGACGACGCUAUAGCUGUUGCUCUGAGCGCGUAUGGUUGGGGAUGGCAUGCAGACACUGGUCUGCACAUCUUGAAGCUAUUUGCCAGUGGGCUCUUCGAUCACUUUCCGCAAUUGAAGAUCGUAAUUGGACACAUGGGAGAGUUGCUUCCGUUUCAGCUCGAGAGGGUUAUUGCGAUUGCAGACAGGUUUGGUAAGAAGAGAGGGUUCAGAGAAGUAUGGAAUAAAAACAUAUGGAUCACGACGAGUGGCAUGUUCGCUCUAGCACCUCUGGCGUGCUUGUUGCAGACCACGUCGAUUGAUCGUGUAUUGUAUAGCGUCGACUAUCCUUUCUCAUCUAAUGAGAAAGGGCUCGACUUCUUCAAAGAGAUUGAGAAAAGCGGAUUGAUUGCAGGGGAGGACUUGGAGAAAUUUGCGUUUCGUAAUGCGCAAGACUUGCUUCGCGUGAAGGCUCAAGCCCUGUAA